CUGCCACUUCUGACGUGUGUGAUCUCGAGACACCCGCAUACUUUGGAAGCUGCCAGAGGGAACACUUAGCUUGAAGUCCAUGGCCCAAAAUGACUCUACCACUGGAGACUCUGUUCAGUAGAGAAGACACCCAGACAGGAGGCUGGGAUGAGCAUGCCACUGCAUCAGAUCUCUGCCAUUCCAACCCAGGAUGCCACCUCUGCUAGAGUCUACAGAAGUAAGACCAAAGAAAAGGAGAGGGAAGAGCAGAAUGAGAAGACUUUGGGACAUUCCAUGAGUCAUUCAAGUAACAUUUCUAAGGCUGGGGGUUCUUCGUUGGCGUCGGCUCCAGUGUCCGCCUUCUCUCGCACUUCUGUCACGCCAUCCAAUCAGGACAUCUGCAGUUCCAGUGCAGUGUGUUCUGAGUGUUGUCACCAAAGUCCCGUGCAGUCUGCCGUUGUCUUGAAAGCUCCUCAAUGCCAGAGUUCUCUGACACAAGGGCUCACUGUGACAGUUAUCUGUAAAGACACAUUGUCAAAGAGAAAUUCCUGUGGUUCAGAAUGGACCCAGGCCUUGAAGCCUGCUGACAAUACCAAAGCCAGAAGAAUACUAAAGUUCUCAAAAUCCCUAAACGAUGUGGGUGAGAAGCCCCAGAACACUUCGGAAAGUUUUGACUAUGUGGAAAGAACUCGCUCCGAAGGGAAAUUGAUACUCCCUCAAGAUCCAGGUCUCAGGAUUAACAGGUUCCAUCAGAAGGAGAAAAAAGCGCAGCAUCACAAACCUCUUGGCAGUUCCAAACAUUCUUGCGUUUCAUCCCUUUCUGCCAACCGUUCAGUUGCCUCAGAGGUGGAAGCUGGCAAGGGGGGCAUCCACGUCCCUCUUUUGGAAGAGAGAGCGGAUGCUGAAGCUGUGUCCAGGAGCCGGCGACUGCUCCGGUACCUGUUCUCGCUCUCGCACGGCUCGAGCGCCAGCAGCCUGCACAGGUUCCAUGAGCUGGAGGGCUGUGCCGCGCCCCUGCACACCGCCAAGUCCUCCAGCGGGCUGGCAGGGAGCAUGGGCUUCUGCUCCGAUGAAAUGGGAGACGACGAUGUCUUUGAGGACAGCGCAUCUGCAAAAUGGAAGAACAAGGUCCUGCGGGCACCCCUCUGCUCAGUGGAGAAGGACAGUGACCUGGAUUGUCCUUCUCCCCCCUCUGAAAAAUGCCCCCCCAUAUCUCCUGUAUCCACAUCAGGGGAUGCCUGCAGGAUCUGCCACUGUGAAGGGGAUGACGAGAGCCCUCUGAUCACCCCCUGCCGCUGCACAGGGAGCCUCCACUUCGUGCACCAGACCUGCCUGCAACAGUGGAUCAAGAGCUCCGACACGCGCUGCUGUGAGCUCUGCAAGUACGAGUUCAUCAUGGAGGUCAAGCUGAAGCCUUUGAGAAAAUGGGAGAAGCUGCAGAUGACGGCCAGCGAGCGCAGGAAGAUCAUGUGCUCAGUGACAUUUCAUGUCAUCGCCAUCACCUGUGUGGUCUGGUCCUUGUAUGUGCUCAUCGACCGCACCACUGAGGAGAUCAAACAUGGACAGGCAACAGGAAUCCUAGAAUGGCCCUUUUGGACUAAAUUGGUGGUUGUGGCCAUCGGGUUUACUGGCGGACUUCUUUUUAUGUACGUUCAGUGCAAAGUAUACAUACAAUUAUGGAAGAGACUCAAGGCUUAUAACAGAGUAAUCUAUGUUCAAAACUGUCCAGAGACCAGCAAAACGAAUAUUUUUGAAAAAUCUGCACUAACAGAGCCCAACUUUGAAAAUAAAGAUGGACCUGGAACCUGUCAUUCCGACACAAACUCUUCUUGUUGGACAGAACCUGAAGACACUGGAACCGAAAUUGUUCAUGUCUGAUUUUGUGGAGGGUGUAGUUUUCCUGGACAUCGAUGAACAGCUGAAGGAAAUUGUU